ACGCUGGCCGACUUCUACUGCGAACUGGUGGCCGCCGUCUCCCGCUUCAGCUUUCAGCUGAGCUCGCGCGACACGCUGCAGCUGCAUCCGUCGUGGCCGGUGCACCCGUACCAGGGCGACCUGGGCGAGUUUACGGCGCGGGCCCGGGCCGAGCUGGAGCGGCUGCUGGAGCGCUGGCGCAGCCACCGGCCGCCGCCGCCGUCGCCGUCCGGCGGCGAUACCUGGGUCAUGCCCACUGUCAACCUGGCGCCGGUUGGCGUCCAUCUGGACGACAGUGUGACGCGGCGCCUGCUCACGGGGGACCUUCUGCGAGGCGACACCUACCUGGCCACCGGCUACUUCAACCUGACGGACGCCAACAUGGCGGCGCUGACGGCCGGCCGGCGGCGACCCGUGGCUGUCCUCUGCGCUCAUCCCACGGCCAACGGCUUCCUGCGCGCCCGGGACCUGUCCGGCUACAUCCCGGCCGCCUACACGUACCUGCUGCAGCGCUUCCACCGGGCGCUCGGCCGACAGAGUGACGUCACUCUUCACGAGUAUCAGCGGCCGGGAUGGACGUUCCACAGCAAGGGCCUCUGGUGUCACGCGGCGGGCGAGGACACCCCCUCCGCCACCGUGAUCGGAUCGUCCAACUUCGGCUACCGCUCCACCUACCGCGACCUGGAGUCGCAGGUCGUCAUGGUAACGCGGCACGAACCGCUGCGACUUGCCCUGGCGGAGGAGCGCCGCAAGCUCUUCCUUCACUCCACACCAGUAGAUGGCAGCACAUUCGCGCGUCCCGACCGCCUCGUGCCGCUCUGGGUCCGAUUCGUCAGCCGAUUGAUCCGUCAUUUCUUCUAGUCGCGCGUUGGCCGUCUCGCCGGCGCCGCUUGCACGUGACCGGCCGCUGCGGGCCACGGUUCGGGUCAGCUGU